CCUCAUAUCAGCGGGGGGGGAGAGUUGGAGCGACGAGCCCAGUGCGCCAGGUUCUGAUGCGCUGUCCGCGUGAGAAGACGCGCUCUCGCCCUCCACGCGCGUGAGGAAAGCAAGGAGCCGCACUAAACCCGCGCGCGCAGCCCCGCCGUCCUGCCCCGCUCACCUGAAGCGGCGCACACGGACGCAGGUAGGGCGCACGAGCAGAGGCGGAAGACGAGCAGGGCCGACGCGUCCCGAGCCUUUCACCUUCUCGUGCCGCCGCCAGGUGUUUCUGAGCCACAUGCCGUUUUGGAAUGACAUCGGAGCGAACAUGUCGGAGCAGGGCAAGAAGCUGCUUCUGAUCGGGGCGGAUAUUCUCUGUGUGUUCGUAGCCGCCCUGCCGUCGGCCAUCCUGACGCUGAUGUUCAGCCCCUACCAGCGGGGAAUCGACUGCGACGACAAGAGCAUCAGCUACCCGUACAGGAAGGACACCAUCUCCCACGGCACCAUGGCUGCAGUCACCAUCAUCUGCUCCAUUGUCAUUAUCACCACGGGGGAGGCCUACCUGGUGCACACCAAGCGGCUCCACUCCAACUCCCAGUUCAACCAGUACCUGUCGGCCCUCUACAAGGUGGUGGGCACCUUCAUGUUCGGCGGCGCCGUCAGUCAGUCGCUCACCGACUUGGCCAAGUUCACCAUAGGGCGCCCUCGUCCCAACUUCCUAUCGGUGUGCGCGCCGGUCAGUUGCCACGGUUACCUGCUGCAGAUCAACUGCACCGGUAGCCCUCGCAACGUGACCGAGUCCAGGUUAUCGUUCUACUCCGGCCACUCGUCCUUCGGGAUGUACUGCAUGCUCUUCCUGUCGCUGUACGUCCAGGCCAGGAUGCAGGGGAAGUGGACGCGGCUGGUGCGACCGACCAUCCAGUUCUUCCUGGUGUCUUUCUCCCUGUACGUGGCCUACACGCGGGUCUCUGACUUCAAACACCACUGGAGCGACGUGCUGGUGGGACUGCUGCAGGGAGCGCUCAUAGCCGUGCUCAUCGUCAAAUACGUGUCGGAUUUCUUUAAGCAGCGACCUUCACCCUGCACGCAACCGGACACGCCGGAGACGGAGCAUCUGGAGCGCAAACCCAGCCCACAGCCGCCGGAGUCGCAGCACGGGAACCACUACAACUACACUGGGACUGUAUGAAUGAAUGUCUGAGAGCAGGUCCAUCGCCACAAGGAUGAGACUUAUGAAAAAACAAAACAAAAAUGUGCGCUGUAAACACUCGAUUGAAAAACCAGACCAGACCUGCUCAACAUGGAGAUGACUUGCUAUAAAAAAACCUGUUGGCGUGUGUGUGUAUGUGUGUGUGUGUGUGUAUGUGUGUAUGUGUGUGGGCGUGUGUGUGUUGCAAAAGUAUCUGCAUGAGUAAGAGUGAUUUGAUUUUUUUGUUUUUUUUUUAUAUAACACUGUGCAAUUUUUAUGUACAUUUUACCAUAUUUCCUGCAGAUUUUAUCCUGAAUGUUGAAUCAUAAAGUUAUACUUUAGCGCUCUGUGAGGUUUUGAACGGCAACCAAAGACUUUUUGGACAAAAACGUGGAGACUGAAUGUGCUUUUUUUUUUUUCUUACUUUGUUGCAGUCAAAUGUCGUUGUACCAACACUGGAGCUCGAUCACGCCUGGUGUCCCUGACACUUACAGUAUCAUUUCUCUCUGCAGAUUUCUUUUUUACAAGGUGUGUACCUGAAACAGACUGUUUUAACUCUCAUAUACAUAAAUGAUGUAUAGUCCUAACAUUUUAUUUCAUUUAUAAAUUUAUAACAGCAUCUAAUAAACUGUAGCUUUUAAGAAUGUA